AUGGCAAUGGACGAUCAAAAAUGGUUCUCUGUCGAUCCGGUCGUGGAAAAACGUGAUUUGAAGGCUUAUAAGGAACAUCGAGUAAAUGUAGUCUAUGCACAACCGAAAAUCGAUAACAAAGCUCCGAAAUUCAAUCCUUACGAUUACCUGAAAACGUGGAAUCUCAUCGAAGAUGCAAAAAGAACAGAAGAAAUCGACAAGGAGAAUAUCGCAUUACUGAAAAACAUUAACAUCAUUGUUCGGUGUGGGGGGAAGGUGGACUGUUGGAAUCGAAGAGUGACAUUCAAGUCGAACGCUGAGAGCAAGGAGCCGUGGAAUCGAAAAAUCCGUCGAGAGAAUAAGGAACUUCUGGACAAAAUCCGUCUGAUAAAAAGCCAAUAUGCGCUCGGAGAUUUCCUGCGAGAUUGGAAGAGAAUCGAGAAAAAAGGAAAAAAGAUGACAAAAUAUCCAACCACGUGGAAGGAGCCCCGUUUCAUCGAGCUGGAAAUCCCCGGAUCCAUCCCGAAGGAACCUGGCCAGUUACGUGUUCAACGACCUCGAUGUUUCUUCGAUAUUCUGAUUGCCGAGACGAAUCGGAACCUCGGCAGAAUAGUUUUCGAGCUGUACUCGGACGUUCUUCCUCGUACGUGCGGGAACUUCGAAGCUCUGUGCCGCGGCGAGAAAGGACUCUCUUACAAAGGCACUCCCUUUCACCUGAUACUCCCUGGGUACUGGUGCCAAGGAGGAGACGUCACCAAGUUCAACGGCAGCGGCGGCGCCUCCAUUUACGGGGACUCCUUCGAGGACGAGAACUUUGAUCUAAGACACGCGGGACCCGGAGUCCUGUCCAUGUGGAGCUCCGGGAAGGACAGCAAUAACUCCAAGUUCAACCUGACCUUUGCCAAACUCGUCACCAUGGACGGGGAGAGGGUCGUCUUCGGCAGAGUCGUCCGGGGCCUCGGGAACCUCUACAAGAUCGAAGAGAUGGGGGCGAAAAGUGGAAAGCCGCUGAAAACUGUAAUCGUCUCUCGGUGUGGGGUGUUGUCCUGAAAGCUGCGAGAUUUAUUUUUGGUGGAUAAAAAAGUGUCAAUUAAGGGAAUUUGUAGGUAAGUACCUAUUUACCUCGGGAGUUUGCUGACAAACCUGAUUUCUCACUAUUUUUCGAAGUUAGUGCACGGAGCUGCCUGGAACUUUAAUUCACGUAUACGUACACUGCGAAAAAAAAAAAAUUCAAACCAACACCAAAGAAAUGAAACUUUUUACGGAUAAUUGGUUGCAUUAAGUAUUAACCGGUAAAUCGUGCUUUACUGCCCUGUGUAUUACUUCAAAAUAGCCAAGACUUAUAUGCGGAGUGUGGAAACAACCACAGAAAUUAAUGAAGAAAAAUAUUCUAUGGGUGAAACAAUCCUACACCGAGAAAGGGGAGGAAUUCUCAAAGAAUACGAGGCUUUCACUUCGGUGCCCAUUUAGGAAUAAAAGAUUAUACCUGAAAGCCGGGGGAAAAAAAAAUGAGUAAAGGGAGGAACCGUCGGAAAAGAUCAUCUCAUCCUGCGGA